CGCUCUGGAUGCAGCUCGCGCUGAGCUUCGGCCCGCGACCCGCGGCGGCCGGGUUCGACGAGCUGCACGCGUGCGCCGAUCCCGGAGCGCCCGAGCACGGCUACAAGACGCCCAGCGCCGGCGUCUUCUUUGAGAGCGUCGUGGUCCGGUUCCACUGCCAGGAAGGGUACCGGCUCAAUGGGACCUCAAAAAARCUCUGCGUGAGACACUUUAAUGGCUCCCUGAGCUGGAAGCCAAGCGACAAACCUGUGUGCCUACAAGAAGUCGCAGAUUGCCUUGUUCCACAUGUUGAAGAUGCAGAGGUUCGUAACAAGACGUACAGGACUGGCGAUAAGCUCAUAAUCAGCUGCCACGACGGCUUCCAGAUUCGUUACCCUGACUUAGACAACCUGGUUUCAGUGUGCCAAGACGAUGGGACAUGGGACAAUCUGCCCUUUUGUCAAGGUUGCCUGCGGCCCCUGGCUCUUCCUCAUAGUUACGUUAACGUUUCGGAGCGGGAGGCCUCCUUCCCUGUGGGAGCAGUGGUCUAUUACCAGUGCUUCCCCGGCUACCGCCUGGAAGGGGCYGCGCUCCUCCAGUGCAUGUAUAACCUAAUCUGGUCAGAUAGCCCACCUAGGUGCCUUGACGUGGAAGUGUGUCCCCUGCCUCCGAUGGUGGCCCAUGGAGACUACAUCUGCCACCCGCGGCCRUGCGAGCGCUACAACCACGGCACCGUGGUGGAGUUCUACUGCGACCCCGGCUACACGCUCACCAACGACUACAAAUACAUCACGUGCCAGUACGGAGAGUGGUUCCCCUCCUACCAAGUGUACUGUGUCAAAACAGAGCAAACCUGGCCAAGUACGCAGGAGACCCUCCUGACUACGUGGAAAAUAGUGGCAUUUACUGCUACCAGUGUUUUAUUAGUACUUCUACUGGUUAUCUUAGCCAGGAUGUUCCAGACCAAAUUUAAGACACAUUUUCUUCCAAGGGGCCACCCGGAGGGCUCCGCGGGCGACCCGGACUUCGUGGUGGUGGACGGCGUCCCCGUCAUGCUGCCUUCCUACGACGAAGCCGUGAGCAGCGGCCUAACCGCCCUGGCGCCUGGAUACGCUGCCGCCGCCACGGGCCGCGGGCACCUUCUGCAGGCAGAAGACCAGAAUCCGCCGGCGUAUCCYGGCCCCAGGACCGCGGACCCGCUGCCCAGCGAACUGGAGGCCUGCAGUGGCGUGUCGGGCUCUGCGGAGCUCCUCCAAAGCCUGUCCUCGCCCGCCGCGUGCCAGGCGGGCGCGCUCCCAGACACGGGCCGGCCGGACACGUCCCCGAGCACCGCAUCCACGAGCCCACGUGUCGACAUCGCCGACGAAAUCCCACUGAUGGAAGAAGAGCCUUAGCCAGCACAGAGGUGUCACCACGGCUUCGCCCCCUCCAGUGAAAUGAAUCAGGAGCAUUUAGAGAUAGGAAAGACUAUCGAAGCAUUUGAGGAGGGUCUUUUUUCUUACCUAUCAAUCUUCCACAGGACGAUGUCACCAGAUUGCGUGCACAUCUUCCCCCGCAGUGGGGAUAACAGCAUCAGCAUUUGGAACAGCAGUUUUAUGAAUGAAUCCUGGGGAUUUGAUGAGAGCAGAUGUAGAAGAGGAACUGUGGCUUUUCAGAAAUGAAAUGUAUAUCUGCAUCGCAGAAAGUCAUACGGUUCUGUAGAAAUACUGUUGGAUUUUGAUACUAACUGCCUCACAAAAGCAUGUCAAAGUAUGUAUAUUUGCUUAUAAAGACUGCUUUAAAUGAACUAUGGACCUCUAGKUUAUGAAGAAUCCUUAUAAAUUGAAAGAAAAAAUAGUAUUGAAAUGCAGAAAAGGAGAAAGACCCUCUUUGACUUUCCUCUGUUAACCAGGAAGCUUUUGGUUUAGUUGUUGGUGAUUUUGUUUCAGACCAUGUCUGCAGAAAAAUAAAACAGAAAUGUUGGGAUUCAUAUAUACUUUGAUGUAUGAUAGCAAAUAUAUAUAAAUAUAUAUAUAUAUAUAUAUUUAAAGAUUCUUAAAGAGAAAGAAAAUGAAAGACUCCAGGUCAUAUCAUGAUUUGGAGAUUUUUUUAAAGGUAAGGCAGAAUUUAUAUCAUAUACAAUAUUCAAGGUAAAGUAUUGAUAUUUGUAUUUAUGCAAGACUUAUGUGAUUACAUUGCAUUUGAUAAAUCCUGCUGUAAUAUGAAAGAUCUAUAAAGUGUUAAAAUUCUGAAAUAUUUGCUUAAUAAA